AUGUCUUUUGUGAAGCUCCAUCUAAGUGAGUCGGUGUGGCUCCCCUCCUGCCCGGAAGAGGGAGCCCACGUGCAGGCACCAGAGUGGGUGGGACCACCACCGCCUGUCCCCGCCCCCCGGAAGUCAAGGGGCGGGACAGGAAGUAUAAAGGCCGGCCGCCAGAGCUCAGUCGGCGGCCAGCCACCACAGGGAGUAGACGUGUGGCCGGGAGCUCCCGGCCAGGAGGCCGCCGAAGACCGAGGCCUGGACCCUAGCUGGCCCGAGUUACCCAGGGCACGCUACGAGGAGGAGCCACCGGAGCCUGUCCGAUCCCGUCACUGGGAGAAUCCCUGGGAACCCCACCCCACCAACCCUGAGGGUGAGACUGUACCCGAACCCCUCCGUCCCUGCUGCUACCCAGAGGAACCGCAUGAGGACCGUUGGCCUGACUUCCCGGCCGAGCUACCGGACCUGCCACCAAGCCCUGGCAGAGAGGAACCCAUGCAGAUGGACUGGCCCGAGCCCGGCGCGAUGAACGAGAUGCAACCUUGAAACCUCAGCCGUCCGUGUUAUCACUGGCUGAGAGACUGCGAAAACUCAGGAAGAGAUUGUGAAAAAACAAAGACGACAUGCUGCAAGAAGUGAUGCAGCAAUCUCUUAAAGAGAAUCAAAAAGCGCAGGAGUGGCGAGAGAGCGAAAGCAGGAUCUGCCAGGAAAACGCAGCGCACCGGCGGCGAAGCACGGAGCACCAGCAGCAAAGCACGGACCGGCUGAUAAGCAUCCUGGAACGCCAAGCAGACUCUAUCCAGGUGCUCGUCGCCAUGCAGGCAGAACACUACUGCGCCCGCACCCCCGCAGCCCUUGUCCCAAAACUCUUUCCCUUGUGCCCCCAUGUCACCUCCAAACCACUUUCCCCAACAUCCGGGUUCUUACCGCCACCAGCUGCCUCCAACACCUGUAUCUUCACCACCCAGCCCUGAAAACUACGACCCUUAUCCACUGCACUCAACCCCCAUCACCAUGCAGUAUAGCCAUCCUGAAGUGCAGCCCUCAUUGCACAGCACUCCAGACAGGACAUACGCAAAUCUGUGAUUGUACUGUUCCCCACCACACCCCCUUG